AAAAAGCAGGAGGGGGAGAAGAGAGCAAUCGCAUCUCGUCUUCUUUGGUGGAUGUCCCUCGGAACGAUUGCUUUUCUGGUCACAUUCAACGAGGAGUGAGAAUUUGGGGACGGGAAAUUUCUUCUUAGGUUUAGGGUUCCCUCACCCUUUUCCACUACAUGGUGUCGGCGAAAGUUUCGUGAUCUCUGUUACCUUCGCCCUGUUUCCCCUGAUCCUCGUGUGGAUCCGAUGCAGAUCCAGCUAUCCUGAGAAAUCGAUGUAUUCUGGCUGUCGAUAAGUGUUUAUUUUGGAUUUACUUGGGUAGUUGUUUUGAUUUAUCAUCGUUGGUCGGGAGUUGGUGUGUUGUUUGCUUCUCGAUCCAUCUUUGGGAUCAGUUUGGUUCUGUCAAUCAUUAGGGCUUUUACUUGGUUGAUUCGGUGGCGGCUUUUUUGGAUUCGUGGAUUGGUGCUGGUGCCUAGGGUUUCCUGUUUAAUUGAUUUUGAUAGAUGGACGAGGCCUGGGAGAGGGCCGUGGAGGCGGCUAUAGGAGCUCAGGCGGAAUCUUCCUCUUCUGCUUCACCGCCACGGAGCCUCACGCUUGACGGUUCGGUGAAGUGCCUUCAUGGUCGGCUUCCUCCGCCGGAGAUCCUGGAGAGGUAUCAAUCGCUGGAGGUUCUGUCGAUUGCAAACAUCGGAGCGUCGUCGCUGGAGAAGUUUCCGCGUCUCCGGAACCUGCAGCGGCUGAUUCUCUCUGACAAUCGCAUUGGCGGAGGACUUGAGUUCCUGGUGGAGGCUGGGCUUGAUUCCCUUCGAGAUCUCGAUCUCUCCAACAACCGGAUCCAGUUCCUCGAGGAUUUAUCUCCUUUGGCUCAACUCCGGCUCGUAUCUUUGGAUCUCUAUGAGUGUCCUGUGACGAAGAUCAAGGAUUAUCGAUCAAGGGUAUUUGGAAUGAUCAGAACUCUGAAAUAUCUAGAUAAGUUGGACGCUGAUGAAAAUGAACGCCCAGAGUCUGACGAGGAAGAUGAGGAAGAGGAUGAAGAUGAAGAUGAUGAGGAAGAGGAUCCUGGGAGUGGGGAGGUUGACGGAGAAGAAUUAGCUGAGAGGAUGAUAAAUGGCGUUGGUAGCAGUACAGCACAUACAAUAGUUGAUGUCGAUGAAGAAGAGGACAGUGAUGCUGAGGAGGACACUGAGACUGGUAUUGGGGCAGAUGCUAAUGGUUUGGAGAGGGGAUAUCAUGCAUCCAAUGCAUUUAGAGUGGCCCCUAUCAGAGCAGCUUCAGUUGAGAGAGAAGAGGGCCAAGAUGAAGAGGAUGAUGAUGUUGAUGAGUAUGAGGAGGAGGAUUUGGGAGAGGAGAUUGAUGUAGAGGAGGAGGAUGAAGAAGAUGAUGACGUCGUUGAGGUUCAUGAUAUAGGAGACAGUGAAGAGGAUGAUGAUGGGGUUGAUGAAGGAGAAGAAGAGUUAGAUGAAGAGGAUGAGGAGGAUGAGGAUGGGGAUAUAGAAGAAGAUCAGGAUGUUCCAGAUGACGAGGAUGAUGGCUUACCUGGAAGCUCAGGGAGAUUCAUCAAUGUAGAAGGGGAGAUCGAUGGCCAUGAGCAAGGUGAAGGUGAUGAGGAUGAGAAUGGAGAGAUUGGGCAGGAAGAUGUGCAGGAAGUGGAUGAUGAUAGAUUUUCCGAAGAAGGUGAUGGCGAGGAUGAAUUUGAGGAUGAUGACAAUGGCGGGGAGUAUCUGGUGCAACAGAUCGCUCAACCUCCAUUCGAGGAGGCAGCAGGGAGUGAUGCUUUGGAGGAAGAUGAAGAUGACGAGGUCGAUAACAAUGAUGACGGCGUAGAACAUCUCCACAGAAAUGGAAGAGCAUCUCCUCCCCAUGCUUCCUCUUCUCGGUCCAAUAAGAGGAGGCGAAAGGACAAUGACAGUGAUGAGGAAUCCGAGGAGGAACAACUACAUAAGUUCAAGCAUCAUCCUUGACGGUCUCUGGAAUUCCGCUGUGGUUCAUGGUUACUAGUGGUUUUUGCUCAACCGCGAUUGGUGAGACCGAACCAGACCGGCUUCUGUUCUGCACCCUUUUCAUGGUACGAUGAACGGUCUGCUUGCCCCGGGCUGGUUUGACCGAACCGAGGUAGAACAUUAGUAUACGAACCCAAGCGUGACCUCCUCGCCCAUUACCGAGCCGGAUCGCUUCUGUAUUCCACCAGAUAUAAGCUGCUCCGUCGCCUACGUCCCCGAAGACGCUGGUGGCGGGUAGCCGCGUGGGGAGGCAACCCGGGUCCGGUGCUUGAGCGGCCGUGCUACCUCGCCGUGGUAGCGGUUGCUGUCAACUUUCUCCCGGACCCCUUGCCGGAAAACUCUUGUAGCUUGGCUCGACUGAACCGGAGAAGAUCAUCAGAGCUCGACGAAGCCAUUCGGCCCAUUCCCAUACCUCUGCCGCUUCCGUUCCCCGUCGUCCGGUAGUUGAAGACACUCUUAAGCAGUUCCAGCAGCAACGGAGGGCUUCAUGGUGGAGGAGCGCUCUGCUACCUCGCCGUGUCGUGGCCUGUCAGCUUCGCCUCGCAGCUCUUGCGUCGAGACCCUGCCUUCUUCUUAACUUGGCUUUUUUCUGUCGAUGCAUUAAUUGGUUGGUUUGUUUUCUUUUUUGUUGGUUAUUUUGUAAAGGUAAUGGAUUAUUUCCAUGGGAAGUAUCAUUAAUCUUCUUCUU